AUGGCCAAGCUCUGGUUCAAGUUCCAGCGGUGUUUCCGGUAUUUCCGCAGGAAGCCCGUGCGCUUCUUCACCCUGCUGGCUAUCUACCUGACCGCCGGGAGCCUCGUCUUCCUGCACUCGGGCUUCGUGGGCCAGCCCGCGGUGCCCCAGAGCCAGGCCAGCCCCGCAGCGGAGAGCCCGGCUGAAGGAGCUGAGCUGCCUUUCCUGGGUGACUUGCACCUGGGCAGGGGUUUCCGGGAUACGGUGGAAGCCUCCAGCAUCGCUCGCAGGUACGGACCCACAUUCAAGGGCAAGGACACCAGUGAGAGAGCCAAGCUGGGCGACUACGGAGGAGCCUGGAGCCGAGCCCUCAAGGGGAGGGUUGCUCGGGAGAAAGAGAAGGAGAAGGAGGAGGAGAGAGCCAAGUACAUCGGCUGCUACCUGGACGACACCCAGAGCCGGGCCCUGCGAGGUGUGUCCUUUUUCGACUACAAAAAGAUGACAGUCUUCCGUUGCCAGGACAACUGUGCUGAACGGGGUUACCUGUAUGCUGGGCUGGAGUUCGGCGCUGAGUGCUACUGUGGCCACAAAAUCCAGGCGGCCAACGUGAGCGAAUCGGACUGUGACAUGGACUGCAAAGGAGAGCGGGGCAGCGUGUGUGGUGGCGUCAACCGCCUCUCAGUCUACCGGCUGCAGCUGGCCCAGGAGGCUGCCCGAAGGUAUGGAAGUGCGGUGUUCAGGGGCUGCUUCCGCCGACCCAACAACCUCUCCCUGGCCUUGCCUGUGACAGCGGCCAUGCCAAACAUGUCUGUGGACAAGUGUGUGGACCUUUGCACAGAGAAGGAGUUCCCCCUGGCAGCCCUCGCUGGCACCGCCUGCCACUGUGGCUUUCCCACCACACGGUUCCCUCUUCAUGACCGGGAGGAUGAGCAACUGUGUGCCCAGAAGUGCAGCGCGGAGGAGUUUGAGAGCUGCGGGACCCCCAGCUACUUCAUUGUGUACCAGACGCAGGUCCAAGACAACCGCUGUAUGGACAGACGGUUCCUCCCAGCCAAGUCGAAGAAGCUCAUCGCUCUCGCCAGCUUCCCGGGCGCCGGCAACACGUGGGCUCGCCACCUCAUCGAGCUGGCCACCGGCUUCUACACCGGCAGCUACUACUUCGACGGUUCCCUGUACAACAAAGGGUUCAAAGGUGAGAGGGACCACUGGCGAAGUGGGCGGACCAUCUGCAUCAAGACCCAUGAGAGUGGGCAGAAGGAGAUCGAGGCCUUCGACUCCGCCAUUCUGCUCAUCCGCAACCCCUACAAGGCCCUCAUGGCGGAGUUCAACCGCAAGUAUGGAGGCCACAUAGGCUUUGCUGCUCACGCCCACUGGAAAGGCAAAGAGUGGCCCGAGUUCGUGAGGAACUAUGCCCCGUGGUGGGCCACGCACACGCUGGACUGGCUCAAGUUUGGCAAGAGUGUACUGGUGGUGCACUUCGAGGAUCUGAAGCAGGACUUGUUUACGCAGCUGGGCCGCAUGGUCAGCCUGCUGGGCGUGGCGGUCCGGGAGGAUCGGCUGCUGUGCGUGGAGAGCCAGAAGGACGGCAACUUCAAGCGCUCGGGGCUGCGCAAGCUGGAGUAUGACCCUUACACAGCCGAGAUGCGCAGGAGCAUUGCUGCCUACAUCAGGAUGGUGGACACGGCGCUGCGAAGCCGCAACCUCACCGGGGUGCCUGACGCCUAUGGCCCAAGAUGAUUGAUGGGCAGCCAAGGAGGGACCCAAGCACCUCCUGCCUGGUUUCCCUCUGGCACAAAGACAGCGCCAGGCUCCUGCCUGCCUUCUGAAAGGCCCCUCCGACGCCUCAGGAGAUGUCCAGACACCUUCCCCUGGAGAGUAGGCUGCCUGAUUUGGGGUGUCCCUGCCGUUGGUGGGUGAAGGGGGAGGAUAAUCUGGAAGGUUCUGGAUGCGGCAGCUGAUGGACCCUGCUCUGACUGUGUGGGCCCCGGCCUCUUCUUCCCCUGAGCAAGCACCGGCUUUCUGAUCUCUCUCAGGCCAGCUCUGUGUGACAGCCGGCUGGGACCCGACUCUGUGGCCUUGGGUGACUGACUUCUGAGGUAUGGAGACUGGUGCUCUGGCUUUACAGAGGGAGCCGCCCCCGGGCUAAAGCACACACGGAGACACAAGCUGGGUGUGUCCCAUCUCCAGGACAGCAACCCUGUCUUGUCUGCUCAUGCUAGCAUGUCUUGGGACUGGGGGUGAUGUUAGGGUUCUUGGUCCUUCUUCCAAAAUCCCUUAGGUACCAAAAAACCAACCUGACAGGUUGGCCACGUGCCACAUACAAAGCCCUGGGGAUCUGUCUUUGCAGGGUCGGGGCCUGGAAUGGCUUAUCUUACACUGCCCGACAGAUCCCUUAACCAGGGAGCCCUUUACUACCCAGGUCAGGGAACAAAAGUGCUCCAACUCAGAGGGAGUCACACCCAAAACUGUCCCCUACCCUCUAAGCCAUCAGCCUCCCUUCCCUUGCUUGUGGCCCAAUAGGGCCAGCCCCGACUGGGGACUCCUCAGAAAUGGGGCAAAGAAUGACUCUCUCAUAAUUCCCAUGAUGCCGCUGCCCUCUCGACAACGCUGAGACACCAAAGGAUUUCUGACCCGAGUCGCUGAUCACGUUUUUAGGAAGCAUGCAUCCGGGAUCCAGACUCCCCACCUUGGGUCCCUCUGGCUUCCCCUCCAGCCCCGUCGCCAUUCCCAUGACAUAACCGCAAAAGCCAUAGUCACGGCCCCUCGCUCUUCUGUCCGGAGCAGCCCCUGCAGCCUGGGGGGGGGGGCAACAGAACACUCGCUCCCACCUAGCCAAGGAACCCUGGAGAAGGUUCGUGAAAAGAGAUAUAUUUUUUUAAGAGGAAUAUGACCAAGACAUUCUGCUCCUUGGACAUUGGCCACACAAAAAGAAGGACCUGCUUUCCUUCCCCAGCGCCCUCAUCCGGAGGGUUUGGACCACCCCAGGGCUCAGCCAAGGGGGCUCUGAAUGUAUUUUGUACGGUGUUUUCCCCACCCCAGACCAAUUUCUAGUUUUCUUUCAUGGGGUAGUAGAGGGCCUGGCCCUCCUCUCCUGCUUGGAGGUCAGCUCUCUCUCUCUCUCUCUCUCUCUCUCUCUCUCUCUCUCUCUCUGAGACUCUGGGUCCA